AUGGCACUCUUCCUAGUAUUUUUACUCUUCUUAACCCAUUCAUCUGCCACAUUUGAUCGAGAGGAUAUAGUUCUAGAUCGACAGAUCAAGGGAAACAUCACGCAGCUGGGCGAAUUGCACGAUCACGGGCUUGAAAUUCUCAUUGAUUUAAAUCAACACUGUCGCCUCACGCAACGCAGACCAUCGCAGGCCGGGUAUCUGUGUUCGCAUCGGCCGCUACUCUCGCCUCAAUUCCAGAUUGAUGUAGAGCUUUCUAUUGGUGCCAAUGAUAAGACUCUGUUUGGCGAUGGGCUUGCUAUCUGGCUGGUCGAGGACGGGAUCAAAAACACGGGCUCUGUGUUUGGAGCCCCCGACUAUUGGACAGGUCUUGGAAUAUUCAUAGACACUUUUCCAAAUAGUGAUAAAUCACUAAACUUUCCGAUCUUCCAGAAACCAUUUCCCAUCAUGAUGGGAAUGUUAAAUGAUGGAUCGAAGCGGUACGAUGUAGAUAAUAACGGCCAAGGACAAGGAAGUGGGGAAUGUCAUUUGCCCAGGAUACGAGAUCAAGGGCCUCAUACCAUUCGAAUAAAUUAUGUGAAAUCAAAGUUUCUCGAAGUUCUUGUACGCUAUGACGAUCCUGACAAGUAUUCUACGGACGUAUGGUCUCACUGCUUCACAAUCUUCGAUGUCACAUUGCCUCUCCGACCCUACCUGGGAUUUUCCGCUCACACUGGUUAUCUUGCAGAUACCCAUGAUAUUGUCAAUGUCUUUGCGAGUCAAAUUCAUCACGGGCACGAACAGCCGAAGUUCACACCUCCAGUUCAGCCUCAUGUUCAGGAAGUGAAACUCAGUGGAGUGACCAAAACCUCAAGAAGUUUCAAGAUGAGAAUGCAUAGUUGUCAUUGUCAAAGCUCGACUACCCUUCUUGGAGCUGGUCCCUUCCAUGGAUCCCUUCCAUAUGCUCGAGAGGAAGAAACCAAAAAACAUGUGGGUCAGUGCAUCAUGUAG